UUUCUCUCAGACCCGGAAUGUAAGGCCUGGGGUCGCCGCUACCCUGCUGCCCGCCCGGCUCGCUCCGGGCCCCCCGCGUCCGCCGCCGCCGCCGUCGCCGCCGCCCGGCCGCCCGUCCCCGGAGAGGCCCGGGGGGCCGUGCCCUCGUGCCGUGUGCCCGCGUGGCCGCCGCCGCCGCCGCCGCCCCGCCGAAUCCUCCGGGGCCGCCGACGAGUUCGCUACGGAGGGAGGCGGGGGCCUUCGGGAGGAGGCGGCGGAGGAGGCGGAGGAGGAGGCAAGGAAGAUGGCGGCCGUGGAGCUCGAGUGGAUCCCCGAGACGCUCUACAACACCGCCAUCUCGGCGGUGGUGGACAACUACAUCCGCUCCCGCCGAGACAUCCGCUCUCUGCCCGAGAACAUCCAGUUCGACGUGUACUAUAAGCUUUACCAGCAGGGACGCUUAUGUCAACUGGGCAGUGAAUUUUGUGAAUUGGAAGUUUUUGCUAAAGUAUUGAGAGCUUUGGAUAAAAGACACUUGCUUCAUCAUUGUUUCCAGGCUUUGAUGGAUCAUGGUGUGAAAGUUGCUUCAGUCUUGGCAUACUCAUUCAGUAGACGGUGCUCUUAUAUAGCAGAAUCAGAUGCUGCUGUAAAGGAAAAAGCCAUUCAGGUUGGCUUUGUUUUAGGUGGUUUUCUUUCAGAUGCGGGCUGGUAUAGUGAUGCUGAGAAAGUGUUUCUGUCCUGCCUUCAGUUGUGUACUCUGCAUGAUGAGAUGCUUCACUGGUUUCGUGCAGUGGAGUGUUGUGUAAGGUUGCUUCAUGUACGAAAUGGAAAUUGCAAGUACCAUUUGGGUGAAGAAACAUUUAAGUUAGCUCAGACAUACAUGGACAAACUCUCAGAACAUGGUCAGCAAGCAAACAAAGCUGCACUCUAUGGAGAACUCUGUGCACUUCUGUUUGCAAAAAGUCACUAUGAUGAGGCAUAUAAAUGGUGCAUUGAAGCAAUGAAAGAAAUAACAGCAGGUUUACCAGUUAAAGUUGUGGUGGAUGUUUUAAGACAAGCUUCUAAGGCUUGUGUUGUAAAACGUGAAUUUAAGAAGGCAGAACAAUUAAUUAAACAUGCUGUGUAUUUGGCAAGGGAUCAUUUUGGAUCUAAGCACCCAAAAUACUCAGAUACACUGCUAGAUUAUGGGUUCUACUUACUCAAUGUAGAUAACAUCUGCCAGUCUGUUGCAAUUUAUCAGGCAGCCCUUGACAUUCGGCAGUCAGUAUUUGGUGGCAAAAAUAUCCAUGUAGCAACAGCUCAUGAAGACUUGGCUUAUUCUUCUUACGUUCAUCAGUACAGCUCUGGGAAAUUUGACAAUGCACUAUUUCAUGCAGAAAGAGCUAUUGGUAUCAUUACUCACAUCCUACCGGAAGAUCAUCUUCUUUUGGCUUCUUCAAAGAGGGUGAAAGCACUUAUUUUAGAGGAGAUUGCAAUUGACUGUCAUAAUAAAGAAACUGAACAGAGGCUGCUUCAAGAAGCUCAUGAUUUGCACCUGUCUUCACUCCAACUAGCUAAAAAGGCUUUUGGGGAAUUUAAUGUACAGACUGCAAAACACUAUGGAAACCUUGGAAGACUUUAUCAGUCAAUGAGAAAAUUUAAGGAAGCUGAAGAAAUGCACAUCAAAGCAAUUCAGAUUAAAGAGCAACUUCUUGGUCAAGAAGAUUAUGAAGUAGCCCUUUCAGUAGGACAUCUGGCUUCUUUAUAUAAUUAUGAUAUGAAUCAGUAUGAAAAUGCUGAAAAACUUUAUUUGCGAUCUAUAGCAAUCGGGAAGAAACUUUUUGGUGAAGGCUACAGUGGACUAGAAUAUGAUUAUCGAGGUCUCAUUAAACUUUACAACUCUAUUGGAAAUUACGAGAAAGUGUUUGAAUAUCACAAUGUUCUGUCUAACUGGAACCGGUUGCGAGAUCGGCAGUAUUCAGUGACCGAUGCUCUUGAAGAUGUCAACACCAGCCCCCAAUCCACUGAGGAAGUGGUGCAGUCCUUCCUGAUUUCUCAGAAUGUUGAGGGACCGAGCUGCUGAGGAAGACCUCAGCUAACUAAUUUACCUUUUCCCAGAUUCCAGGGAAUUCAUACUGUGAAAUCAAAACCAUGUUGUUUUUUUGGGGCUGGAAUUUGCAUUGAAACACUGGUCCAGUCCAUUGGCCCUAUUUGGGUGAUCCCUAACUUGCAGAGUAUCCGUAGGAAUAAGCAUAUAUUCAGUUAUAUUCAGCAUGUAUCGCAUGUAUAAGUAGUCUGGCCCAUAUUUUCAACCUAGUAGAACAAACAACAGGAAAUCCUUUUUUUUUUCUUUUUAAAAAGUAAUUCAUUUUGCAGAAAGCCUGAAAGAAAAGAAUCCCUAAAUAAAACUAUUUAAGAGUUUAAAA